ACUGUCUAUCAAAAGACUCAAGUAGUACCAUUCUAUAAAAAAACAUUAGACAUUUCAGUUUACCGAUACAAGUUGCUAAAGUAUUUUAUAGUGAUAUAAUGCACUUGAUAAAAUUCUUCUUGUACUUGAUAAUAAUAAUUUGUCUUCUGCUAAUGGAAGCCGAAACAAAACGAAUACUUGGAAUAUUUCCACAUUUUGGAUACAGCCAUUUUAAGGUCUUCUAUCCCUUGUUGCGUAAUUUAGCUGAGAAGGGACACAACUUAACAGUGAUAACUUACAUAAAAGCACCUUCAUUGCCAAAUGAUAAUUAUAAUGAAUUGAUUUUAAAAGGCAUGAACGUAAUGAAUAUGGCAUCAGUUAAUGAUAUGAAAGCUAGAACCCUUAAAGGUUUAUUUGAGGAAUAUAUUGAAUUACAUGAUAAAGGUCAGAAAUCAUGUAAAUUUCUCUAUGAAAGUGGUUACGUAGAGGAAGUUUUGAAACGUCAUAAACAACAGCCCUACGAUCUAGUUAUAACCGAAUAUUUCAACACGGAUUGUCAUUUGGCAUUGCCUUAUCUCAUGAAAAAACCAGUAGUGGCUUUAAGUAGUUGCCUCUUAAUGCCCUGGCACUAUGAUCGCAUUAUAAUGCCGGAUACACCUUCAUUUAUUCAAUCGGAAUUAAUAGGUUUUCGUACACCUCUUAGUUUGCAGGAACGUUUAAUGAAUUUUCUUCAAGCCAAAAUCUUACCUCUAAUCUAUCGUUACCACACCAAUUAUAUGGACAAUAAAUUGGUACAUCAUUAUCUAAAUAUUGAUAUUGAUGUAGAUCAAAUUGCUAAACAAUAUACCCGUUUGAUACUGGGAAACCAACAUUAUUCCUUGAUGGACCUUAGACCUUUUACACAACAAUUUGUUGAAAUUGGUGGCAUACACAUCAAUGAAGAAGAAAUUCGUAAUGCAAUACCCUCCGAAGUGGAUUUAUUUUUAAAAAAUACUACAAAAGAUGUUCUAUUUAUAAGUUGGGGUUCCAUGAUAAAAGGAUCGACAUUAGAUCAAAACAAAUUGCAGAUAAUUUUAAACGUUUUAACAAAGCAGGAUAUAAAAGUCAUAUGGAAGUGGGAAUCAGAUAAGGUACCGAUUGAAAGUGAUCAGUUUUUAUUCGUUAAAUGGGCUCCUCAACUAACAUUGUUAUGUCAUCCAAAAAUCAAACUAUUCUGGGGUCAUGGCGGCCUCUUAAGUACCACCGAAGCUGUAUAUUGUGGCAAGCCAAUGUUAAUAACUCCCAUAUAUGGUGAUCAAUAUGUUAAUGGAUUUGCUGUGGAAAAUAGAAAAAUUGGUCGGAUUAUUCAGAUUAAUGAAAUUGCAGAGAAAACACUUAAAGACAAAUUAACACAAUUGCAACACUCCAACUAUUCAUCAAAAGCUCUACAAAUAUCACAAGUAUUUCGUGAUCGUCAAGUAAAACCUCUUGAUACAGCGACCUGGUGGGUAGAACAUAUACUAGAUCAUAAAAUUACCGAAGAGGUUUUAAACACCUAUGCUGUUGAUUUAAAUUGGUUUGUUUACUAUUCAUUGGAUGUAAUCAGUAUAUUAUUAGUAAUUUUAAUUGUAUUCCUAUUGAUUAUAAAAUUUUUAAUAAGAUUUAUUUUAAGAACAUGCUCGUAUAGAAAAUUUCACAAGCUGAAAGAGAACUAGAAAUAUAAGAUCUUCGAACUUGUACUUUAUGGGAAUAAUGUUUUAAUGAUAUGAAUUUGCAUCAAAAACAAUGUCUGUUAAAAGCAAGAUAGGUUCUAAGAUUUUGUUGCAAUUUUAGUUUUAGAGACUCGACAAAUAUGUAUUAAAUAAAAUCUUAAUUUAUUAA